UGUCGAAAUAUUUGGAGCCUGGUUGAGCGCGAACAUCGCCCGCCAUUUACGAGAGUGCAUUUACUUAGAAAAUUUCCCAGUAAUAACCUGUUAAGGCCAAAAGAAAUUUUACAUAGAUUAACAAUUUGCAUAAGACUGAAAUAAAUUUCUUAUGCAGUAGCAUUUCAUGAAAUUCAUAUGACAGACAUAUAGAUACACGUCCUCGAAAUCUUCAUCUAUUCAAACAGAAAUGGACAAUGUCUGUCGAGCUUUGGUGUCAAGUGCAAUCCACAGAUGUCAAGCGACUGACAGACUUUGCCGGAUCACAAUCGCAAUCAAAUAUCCCGGCGCUAGCAAAAGUUCCAGUUCCACCACUUUUCAGAUAUCAAUCUCAGAUACAGGGCGGGGAAUCAACUUACCGGAAUUUUUACUUUCUUAUAGCAAUAUCAAUUUACACCGUGCAAAUGACAUCUUUUUCAGCUCACCGCAAUGCUGGGAUGGAGAGCUAAGCAUCAAAACCACAGAUAUGGAAAAGACUGAAGUUCAGCACUUCUGGCUGAAUUGGGGAGAGAGCAGGGUAGUGCAGGUGGGUACAUCUUCAAAGGGCAGAAAUACUUUCAGUGGCACAGAAGCAUCCUUUUCAGUUCAAGGAAAUCUUGAAGAAUUUAUUGUAUACAUAAAGGAUUUAUGUCAGAAGAUAGCCAUCUUGCAGAUUCCGAGACAGGUAUACACAGGAAGCAUAAGAUGGUGUAAAGGCAGCCAUGAAGAUGCAGAUUGCUGCAGUGGAAAAAGACAAAAAAAAAAGCCCAAGUUUUUGGAGUCUGAAGGGAUAUGUCAUGCAAAUAUCAAUAUUGUAAAUUGA